CCUUAUCGAAAUUCAAAUCCGACGGUCCAGACUCUUCUUCUUCACCGAUUAACAUCGUCGAGCUCGGAUCUGGAACCGGAAUCGUCGGAAUCGCGGCGGCUGCGACGCUUGGUGCCAAUGUCACGGUGACGGAUCUCCCAAACGUGAUCGAGAAUCUCAGAUUCAACGCAGACGCGAACGCUGAAGCCGCGGCUAGAUCUGGUGGGAAAGUCCACGUGGCGUCUCUACGUUGGGGUGAAAUCGAUGACGUGGAAGCUUUGGGUCAAAACGUUGACUUGGUUUUAGCGUCUGACGUGGUUUACCACGAGCAUCUUUAUGAACCACUCCUGAAAACGCUGCGUUUUAUUCUCUUAGUAGAAGGUUCCAAGAGAGUGUUCCUCAUGUCUCACCUCAAGAGAUGGAAGAAAGAAUCGAUCUUUUUCAAGAAAGCUCGGAAGCUCUUCGAUGUCGAUGUUAUACACUGUGAUGAUCCUCAAGAAGGUUCUAGAAUCGGAGUUGUGGUUUACCGUUUUGCACCGAAAAAUCAAACCUUUAGCAGUAGAAGCAAGGUUGAGGAAUAGAGAGAAGAAGAAGAUGACUCUGGGACUGAUAAACGCGAAUCCAGUUGUGCAAGCUAAGAAGGAACGGCUCGUUCGUACACAACCAGAUCAGUAUAGAGAUGAUGGUGUUGAUCCUCUUGACAUCUAUGAGUAUGUAAGAGAUAUAAGAGAUCCAGAACACCCUUAUACCUUGGAGCAGCUAAGUGUUCUCUCUGAAGAAUCUGUUACUGUCGAUGACCAGCUCGAUCGCAUCUUGAUUAAGUUUACACCGACGGUUCAGCAUUGUAGUAUGGCAACUAUAAUUGGUCUUUGUCUGAGAGCUAAGCUUAAAGAAUGUUUGCCACUUCAUUAUAAGGUUGAUAUCCUAGUGUCUCCUGGUUCUCACGCUGAUGAAGAUUCAGUGAAUAAGCAACUGAAUGAUAAAGAAAGGGUGGCUGCUGCAAUGGAGAAUCCUAAUCUCCGUCAGCUUGUGGAUGAGUGUAUCUACUCCGAUGAGAUAUGAUCAGAUCAUUUAACUUCUACUCUCUUGUACAGGCUUCAUAUCCUGGGUUCUAUAAUGCCUUAGAGACCGCUCUUUAAUUUCAGAAUACACAUUUUACGUUGUUCGAGUGUUGUAUACUACUUGAUAAUGAUACAGAAGCUUUUGUUAAGGUGACUGCAGUUUGAAAUUACCUGCACAACUAGAAAAGAAAUUGCGAUUAGAUGGUUCGAUCA